AAUUGUAAGAGAAGAAACUGGAUUCAUACACGGUGGACCAUACAUCAUGUCAGGAUCUAUGAGAAGGAAGUUGGUUAUCAUGGGCGCGCCUAGUGUUGGUAAAACAUCCCUCACUCAACAAUAUGUAUCUCCCCCCACAUACAACGAAUCCUAUUUCCCAACGAUUGAAGCGACUUCGCACAAGGUGAUCAACUACGACGGCGAAGAAUAUAAUUGUGAAAUAGUAGAUUCCGCAGGUCAAGACGAAUAUACCUUGUUCCCCUCGAAAUACGCCAUAGGGGUACAUGGGUAUUUAUUGGUUUACAGUAUCAAUUCAAGACAAAGUUUCGAAAUGGUACAGACCGUACAUAAUAAGAUAUUGGACUUUGCUGGGUUGGAAAAAGUUCCUUGCGUCAUUGUCGGACAGAAAUGUGAUUUGGACAGCAGUGAAAGACGUGUAACAACCAUCGAAGGACAAGAACUGGCCAAAAAGCUGAAAGCUGGUUUUGUUGAAUGUUCAGCUAAGGACAAUAAGAAUGUUGGGAAAGCCUUCGAAGCUCUGAUGAACGAAAUGAGAAUGGCAUACAACCCUCCUCCGGAGAAGAAAAAGUCUUCUUGGUGGAUUUGGGGUCGAUGACCGAUCUGUCUACAAACCCCAUUUUUUUCCCCAUCAUUCUUCGAUUCGAAACUCAUCUUCCUCCUAGCUCCAUCCACACUCGCCCACCUGCCGAGACCAUCUUCAAAUUUCCUAAACCCAAUCCCGUAUCGUCAUGG